AUGGUUAUAGGAGGAAAUCGUUUUGUGAUAGAAUGUCAGAAGAAAACCGAUUAUAAAGGAUAUUCCAUUUAUGAUCUUCAAUUGACGAGCACAGAUCCUGGGCUAGAAUCAUCUACGAGUGUCGCGAGUAAAACCCCUUCGCAGAAGGAAGGAGCUCAGGGAGAAGAAGAGGUUGUUGAAGAGAAGAAAGGACGAGCUCUGGUACUGAUGCAUUAUGAAGGUUGGCCGACAGAUACUUGGCCCGAUCUCGACUUACUUGGUCCAUUUGUGCAAAAUUUAUCUAAAAGAGAAAUUCAGGUUAUGAGAAAAUCGUUGGACAACUACAUUCCACCAGUUGUAAUUCAGAGUUUUGAUGGUUUGGGCAGAGCUCCUAUAAUUUGGGUGUCAACAAUUCUUAUGAAAGAUAUAGAGAAGAAGGAAUGUUUUGAUGUAGAAGAUCUUGCUAAGAAGUGUGCUAGGGUGAGGCCAGGUGCAUUUUACAAAAAGAUUCAUUUCUGUGUAGUGAUAGCUCUGGCAUUUCGGCUGUCAUCUUUAGGAGGCUGGACCCCACUGGCGGAUGCUCGUGCAAAAAUCAAAGACAUUAAGGAAGCCUAUGAAGCAAGUUUGAAAGCUUGA